AAGUACGGCAUAAAUAUUGAUUUUCCUUACCGCGUGGUGCUCCCAAGCUUCCAAUUGUUCCAACUUCUGGCGUCUCGCUCCAGAACCAACAUCUUUUCGACCUUCUUGUCAUUCAGGGGCAAUCUAGCUUUCACAACCAAGGUCGAUUGCAACGAUGGCAGCCAGUACUAUCUCCUGCGGCGCUUCAGUGUUCCCGUCCGGGCUUGCGCGGUCUCGGCCCACUCCCCGCCGGGCCUCUUACAUGCAAGCUGCGAGCAGAACCGUCGUCACGAGGGUGCAUAAAUCUGAAUCUAACACCAGUAACUGCCGGGAUCUCAACUUCGCGCCUAGCGCUUCCACGUUGUCGGCAUGGGCGGUGUUGGCACCCUUCGCCUUGACUGCCGCUGCACAUGCGGAUGAGGCCACGGCUGCCGUCACCGAAGCAGCUGGAUCCGGCGGAUUCGGCGCCGGGGAGGCUGCGCUGCUGCUAACGCCUGUUGGCGUGUAUGCACUCUUCAACAUCUACCGUGAAAAGGUUAACCCCAAGGCUUCAUUCCUGGACUACGUCUACAUCAUGGUGUUCCUGGCCAUCGUCGCCAACCUGUUCUCCAUCCUGGUCUACAAGGUCCGCUUCUUCUAAGGCUACAUGUGUGGAGGCGGUCGUCGAGGCCUCCGUCCAUGGAGCAUGGCUUUCCGGCAGCACGCAAUGGAUGGUGUAAGCAUGUGCGCCGGCAGCCGUGUGGGUUUCAGCAUUUUGGCAUGUUGGUUGUUGUGUUGGCACUUGGCAGGGUGUAUGCGUGAUUCCUAAGGCUACUGCGCAUUAAGGCUACGGCGCAUGAGACGUACAACUGCAACCGUACUAAAUGCUGUGUUGCGUCAAGGAAACGGGGCGUAGGGAACAUACUGUGUUCGCGUUAUUUGGACGCUGUGAUGUAAAGUGGCUUGUCACUGAUUGCUGGUGGUUCGUGUAGGACUGAAGAAGAUAUUGGCAUGCAGGUGUUGGGCAGGGGCUGUGAGGUACACGAGUUCUGGGGUGCUGCGGGUGGGCCGGCGGUUGCCUCGUUGAUGUUUCUGGACGGUUUCUGGUCGAUUUCCUGUCGCAGUUCUGCAACUGUGGCAUGGUGGCGUACAUGCGUGCGACAUCCCCCUACACACAAAGGUUUGUACCCGCCGCGGAUUAUCGAUCUGCACAUGCUCCUGUAUGACGUUAAGGAGUGCAGCGGCACUUCAGCCGAGCAUGUAAUGUGUUGGAC